UCUUCCUCGCACACCACCACUUCCCCACGCCCACCUCCCUCCCCACCUUCCGCCGCUGUCAGACCCCACCACCGUCGCCCCACUUCCUCCCUCUCUGCCCUCGCCCUGCCUAGCUCCCCUCGGGCAACCUCCCCCGCCGCCACCACUUGGGCUCGCCGUGGUGAAAACCAGAUCCAGCCCCCCUCCCCGGCGGCAACCCGCACCGGCCGGCCAUGGAUCCGACUCCCCCACCAACCUGCAGCAUCUGCCGAUGAAUCGAGCCACCUCUCUACCGGCUACCUUCAUCCGCCUCCCCACCACGACCACUAUCCACUUGGCCUGAUUCACGGGCGUCGAGGAGCCAGGCAGUGUCGGCGGAGCAGGUGGCGGGUGAGGGUGCAGCGCGGCGCGCGGGCUACUGGCGGGGGUGGAUGGUGCAGGAGGUGCGCUCAGGGGAGCGGCAGGUGGAGGUGGUCGUCGGGGCGGAGGCGCCACGGGAACCCAAGGCGAGGGGCAUCGUCGGGAAAGAGCACAUGCAGCUGCUCCUACGCCUCGAUGGGGUGUGGGGCGCCAGCGGUCGAGCUUGAUGGAGUGAGUCUCCCUGUUGCCACCACCCCCUACUGAUCCGUUGACCACAAGAUCCCCUUCACCCCUCCGCCUCCAGGCACGAUGGCGGCCUCUCGCCGGCGCAUCCUCUCCUUCGACAUCUAUCCGAGGCCUGCUCUCCUAGGUGCCUACUACCUUUCGGCAGUGGUGGGGAUUCGGCAAAGAUCUGCUUCGCCACCCCUCAUCCCUCGUUCUGUGGCAUCAAGGCCGGGACGCCCAGCACAGCGGCGAGGGUGCCGCAGGUCAACGGCAUCCCGCCCAACUCUGUCGUGUGCAGUGCACACCUCGCGGUGCUGCAAGUUCUGGGGCGGCGGGAGUGAGCAGCAUGUUGUCCUUCCACUGACGGCGAGCAGUGCAGAUAAAAAUGUCGUUGCAGGUCGCAUGCGUGCCGAGUCGAGCUGAAUGUGUGGUGUUGGACAAGAUGCAGUACGGUUGGUGUCACCGUGCAGCUCAUUGGCUAACAGCAUGCAGUUUGAUACAUCUGUUUUACAGUUCUUUUGCUAUGUCCUGUGGUAUCUGUGUCCUAUGUUGGGCCAAAGUGUGCAGGGCAAUAGGGCUUGCGUGGAGUUUGGGGGUAAGCACAUUGCAAAAAUUGCAGUGCGGUUUGGCGACAGUGGAAUUGCGGUGUGGUUCGGCGCCCGUCGAGGUGAAUUUCGUCCACGGGGACCUUGUGUUCUUUUUUUGUCAAAAAAAUUAUGCAUGACGAAGCCACAGGCGCCACCGACGAAGCAGUACCGAUGGCGACGCCGUGCAGCUCAUCAGUGACAUGCGCGUGGUUUUGCACCUAGCAGCGUGUAGCCACCUGAUGCACAUCAGUACAGUUGGAUCUCAUGGAGUUUUAGAUACUUAUUUCGGCAUUCAGAUUUGCAGUGUAGUGCGUACUCGUGGAAACCAAAAAAUGCCUGUUUAUUCUUGAUGCUUUUUCUUGCAUUGAAAAACUUAUUAUGCCUUAAGCAGUGCAGUUAA